AGAAACCUGCUCCUCGAAGUGCGCAUGCGUUAUACAUGCGCUCCGAAGCAGACGAACUCUGUCGCGGACCAGCGCGCUAGCAGACGACAGGGAAUCGAGCGAAGCGUCGGAUGGGAAAACCUGGCACUUUGUGAUCGUUGCGAAGCGGUUUGUUCUACAAAGAGCGUUUUCGAGCUUCUGUCAGUUUUCUCAUCGUUAAAACAGAAAACAGAAGCAGCAGUCCGACGUUCUUCAACGAAGUUUCGAGACUAAAUUAAUCGAACUUGCGAAGGCUACCGUGUGCUAUUCAACGUGCUUUGGAGAACACCACCUGUUGCCGUUUUCAGGAUUUUUGGUGCGGCAGCUUCAGGUCCCAGGCCUGUUCGACUCUCCGAUGUGCUUCAUCUGGAAUCAAAUUCAGCUUUGGACGUGGUGAAACACUGGAAGUGCGCGGAUUUAGUGACAGUGCCAGGACGGUUUUCAGUGAAUCGUAUGCUUCCUGCGAGGGUGGUGUGGUGAAAGUGAUCCCCUUGAGGUAGCACUCGCCGAAAGAAAAAGUUGAUUAAAAAAACAACGGCCUCACAUGAUGCCCAUUCGGGCACUCUUUGGAAUUCUUGCUGCAAGACAACGCCCAGGGACUGAGCAAUCAUCCGUCAGAAGUGGACUUCUAUCGCGCGUGCAACAGACAUUCUAAAACGUGGCCACAUUAUUAACGAGAAUUGUGGCCUGAGGAGCCCCUGAGUGCAAGCGCGGUGGACCCCCCUCGGAAUCUGGGACCGGCUCACCGGUCCGUCACCAUGCCAACCGCAGUCCAUCGAGCCGACUCCACCCGGUCGGACCGUUCGGACACGUCUAACAGAAGCGUGGAGUCCAGAGGUUCUGGCGGAAAGAAGGUUAGCUUCAGCAAAGCAGUCCGCGUUAAAAAAUUUCCAAGACGCAACGACUCCAACGGCGACAUCUCGCAUGUCCCUCCUUCCAACGGUGAACCUUCUCCGGAGAAACGGUUCUGGUUCAAAGUCUACAAGAAUCGUCACCACCAAAAACCCGAAAUUCCCGAUUCGGGGCUCGAAGAAGUGGUCACCACCAGCUCUCAUCGCGAUUCUCGAUCAUCACCAACACAGUUUCUCAGAUCACGUCAUGAUAAGAAACGGCCAGAUUCGCCUGUUGUUCGAAGAAAUCAUGUCAAAAGGAUCGUGCAAAAAUUUAACCGAGAAGCAGAGUUGAGACAACAAAAUGGUGGAGGCGUAAGGCACCGGUCAGCCUCCCCUCCGUCCCGAAUAGAUAGGAGCCGAACGCUUGAAGAGGUGGUUCGUUCUGAGACCCCUCUAGAGCUUCAACGACCUCCCAAAGCCCCUACCUCAAAGAAGAAUCCUCUGGUCAACGGGAUGAAAGGUAUCUUCGCGCCUCUAACUAAGAAGCGACAUGAGCAUCAUAAGAGCAACGGCGUCGAUACGAUUGGCAACGGGAGCGUUGCUGGAUCACCAAGACUACAGAGAUCGUCCAUUCUUACGAAGGGAGUACACGAGGACGAAACUAACAGACUACAUACCACAACGCAAGACGUCGGAAUCCAGGUUGAGGCAUUCCAUCAGGUAGAAGACCCAGAGGACGACAUCGACUGCCUCUACAGUCGCGUCGACAAGUCCAAGAAAACGUCCACUCGGAGGUCUACUUCACCACCGCUCAUCUAUAGUUCAACACCCGAGAUACGAUCCAGUCACCGGUACGACACCGGGAGCCCAAGAGUGACCAGCUUCCACAGAUACGCGUCGGACGUCGAUGGACGAGAAAAAAGUGUUUCGUCCUCGCCAACGUUGAGUCGUGUCGCGUCCGACACGGACUACGGUAGCAUCCGCAAGGUCAAGACUUCCAGCCGAAGUUUCGGGUUCUCAUUGGGACAGAAAAAUAAGAAGAAAAACGCUGACCUGCAGACCGACGACUCGGACGUGUCCAGCGUCGCUAGUGAACCUGUCGUCGACAGUCGUCCUGGUAGCGUUCUUCGUGGUCUUGAUUCUCGAAAGAAGGAACUCAGCUAUGAGAACGUGUCUCGACUCUCCGAUGGCCCGUCUCACUCCGAUUCGGCAACUUCAACAUCUGGUCUCUGGGUGAGAGAAGCUGACCAAGAUUACCGUAAAGGGAUGGCACAAAACGACAUCACAGUUCCAAGCGGAGGCUACGUCUUUACCUACACAGCUACGCUCGGCAAAUCAGAUAAAAAGAAGAAGCCAAAGUCAAGAGAGUCGUCCCCAGUGCCGGAGAUGCUGGAACGACGUCCUAAGAAGGAACCCGAGAGUCCGGUAAAGAUACUGGUUAACGGUGAAGAUGUGACGGAUCGCAGUGUGGCCUGGAAACCACCGUCUUCAGCUAUGUCUUCCAAGAAAAAUACUGGCAGGUCCGUCUGCAGCGAUGCCACCCCGGUUCGUGGUGGGCUGGCUGCAGCCUACCAGGCUCGGCAACGCGCGGCAGCGAAUGGAAAGUCCACCUCCAGCAGCAAACCGAUCUCGCCCACCUCAAAGUCCAACGGGGGACCGGGGUCGAUAACCAGCUCGUGUGUUAGUGAACCAGCUUUUUGCAGAGACACGGUGGUUUUGUAUAUUCCUGGUGUCAGUCAUCACAGCAGGUCGUCUAGUAGCUUAGCAGAACAACCUCAAGUACGGCCGACUGUUUCCAGAAGUCAGUCCGUAUACCAGAAAAACAAAGUUCACAAUAGUCCAGGAAACAAACAGCCCAAGCUUCCCGUGAUGCCAGCGAAGGCGAGGUCCGAGACAGACCUGCGACGAUCCAAAUCCAUUCCAAGAAAUACCAAGUUCCCGUGGCUUCGAGUGAAGACAACCGCUACGCCAGUGCAUUAAGCGAUUGUGAUCGUGUCGGGGAAGAAAUUUCCAUCAUAAAUGUGUAUACACAACAAGGACCAGGAGAGAUUAGAUUACGAUACGUAGAGUCAGCGCUUAUACGCUUCAGUGCUGACACACAUUGUUUACGAUACUGGAUAAUACUUAUGCUGCACCUUAUAGAUGGCAUUGUUUGUUGCGUCUUCUUAAGUGAGUGUGGUUUCCGCCUAAUAAUUUCAACUCCCUUCUACGCGUGUCUUACAAGGUUAGACUGUGAUUUGAGGUUAACCGCAGAAGAACUGGACCGAUGAUAGGCAAUUGUUUUGUGUGUUUUGAGCCUCGUGUGGCGAAAGCGUAGCACAAGUACCGAGGCAGCGAUAAGCCUAGAAUCCUUUAUGUGAGGUUUGCAACUGUUUUUAGUGUAGAGCCUAUAGUCUUGCUUAGCCGCCAAUGUUAACUGAGUUCACGCUAACAACGAUAAACUCCUGCCACGGGAGGAGAGUGCCGACGUGACUGCAUUUAGAGCAUUGUUCGUGUGAAUAAAAUCGUCCCCGGAUAAAACAUUGUACCGUACUACGAAGUUACGGCUCUAUUGAAAUGACACACCCAAACCAGGCAAGUUGUACCUAACCCUAAGUCAGUUCUAAUCAAUGGACGCUUAUAACGAAAAGUUCUGCUGUAAAAGUUAUGCUGCUGGUGAUGUACGCCAAACGUUUACGUGCACGAUACAGUUACGUGUGUUGCACACAUUGACCGUGACACAAUUACGCUUGUGACGUGAAUGCUUUCCGUAUAACGCUUGAUGUGAAGUAUCUCUUCUGUUGAGUACACCGUUAACGUGUAAGUGCCACAUGCUAGUCUCUCACUUCUGUUACCAGUAGAGGAUGUCCGCCUACUCCAUUGGUUGCCACAAGCUUUAAUUAAAAGCGUGUGCCUGUUUUUUACUUGUA